AUGGUGCUGGAAUCAUCGGACAAACUGAGAGCCACGGGAUUCGCAUUUACGACUUGGUUCAAUGCUUGGAAGGCCAUGGAAGCUCUCGGCGUUUCGGAGCAUAUUCGCGAUCUCCAUGAUCGCCUUCAAGGAUGGGUGGUGGGAUCCAUUUCAUCCGGAGAUCCUUCUAAAGAGAUGUUGUUUCCAGAGUCCGAAGAAUACGAGUCUCGAUGCGUUCAGAGGGAGCUCUUGUUAGAGGCUCUAGCGGGUGAGUUGCCUGAAGAGACCAUACGGUUUUCGUCUAAGGUUGUUCAUAUCCAAUUGUCUGGACACUACAAGUUGGUUCAUCUCUCCGAUGGAACUAUUCUCAAUACCAAGGUUUUGGUAGGGUGUGAUGGUGUGUACUCGGUGGUGGGCAAGUGGCUGGGCUUCAAGAAUCUGGCUACAACUGCCCGGUUAGCAAUCCGAGGGCUCACACAUUUCCCGACAGGCCAUGGAUUUGGGAAAAGGCUCUUUCAGUUUUAUGGCAACGGAGUUCGUUCGGGUUUUAUCCCCUGUGACAACAACACCGUCUACUGGUUCCUCACCCACACCUCUACCGAAAUAGAUGAGGAGGCAAGUCCAGAAAACCUCAAACAGUUUGCGCUGAACAAGCUCAAAGACUUGCCUGAAAACAUUAAGAAUGUCAUGGAGACCACCGAUCUUGAUAGCAUAUUGAUGUCUCAACUGAAGUACCGACCUCCAUGGGAACUCCUAUGGGCAAAUAUCACAAAAGACAACGUAUGCGUUGCAGGGGAUGCACUUCACCCAAUGACUCCUGAUAUCGGACAAGGAGGUUGCUCGGCCAUGGAGGAUGGAGUUAUCCUCGCUCGUUGUCUUGGUGAAGCUCUAAAACCUACCAAUCUGAAAGGUGAAACAGAAGAUGAGGACGCGAGUUAUAAGCGGAUUGAAGAGGGGUUGAAGAAGUACGCAAGAGAAAGGAAAUGGAGAAGCAUUGAUCUUAUAACUACAGCAUAUACAGUAGGUUUCAUACAGCAGAGCAGAGGGAAGUGGAUGAACCUAUUCAGAGACCGGUUCUUGUCGUCUUUCCUUUCUCGGUUGCUGCUGAAAAAGGCUCAUUUUGAUUGCGGAAGCCUUGUCCCAUGA